AUGACGGUUCUCCCUCACGAUUUUACUGCACCACAAACGAAGAAGGUAAACUUGGAAAAGUUGCAGAUAAUUUCUUCGGGUGCUUCGAAGGAAUCGAUAAAUAUGACAAAGGAGAAUUUGAAGGAGGCUACAAAGGCUAGAGAUCACAUGAUUAUUGCCCUGUCAAAAUCGAAACCUUUUCAAGUGUUGGUGGCGGCAAUCGAAAAGUACUUGCCAUAUUUAACUGGAAUUUUACAUGCAACAGAAAAUGAACAAUUAAAAUCACAAAAGGAUGCAAAGGAUAGAGAUGGUAUUGUUUUUGAAUGGACCAGUGCAUUACUUGGAGAGGAAACUAAAACAUUUUCAAAAUCAAGAAAGUACUUUUCAUCAAAACUCAUCAGCUUUGAAGUACUUAUGGUAGUAUAUACUUAUGGAUAUGCAUUGUGUAAUUUGGCAUCAGAAAAAAUCAAAAUGACAGCAAAUCUAGCUGAUAAUAAUUCCAUAAUUGAAGUUUAUCAAGAUGCUGCUCUUUGUUUGAGAAGAGCUUCUGGUGUAUUUAAUUAUUUGGCAAAUAUUGGUAUUCCACAUUAUAUUACUGGACAGGAUUUUAAUACCCUCCAAGAAAUUUCUCCAGUUUCCUCCUCCCCACUAUCAAAUCCAUACCCAACCACUUUCCCAACCAUCAGUUCUAAGUUAUCCUUCCCAAAAUCUGCCUUUUCACUCCUUCCAGAGAUGGAUGUACUUUGUGCUCGAGGACUUGUUGAAUACACUCAAGGUAUUGGACAAGUUAUUGCCAUUCACACUGCAAUUGCUACAGGAAAGACAGCAGCAACUAUUGCACGUCUCAGUGUUUCAGUAUUCAAGAUUUUUGAUCAAGCUCAACAAACUCUAAUCAUGCUGGAUACAAAACUUAAAAACAAUAACGAAAAGAGCACAAUUUCCCUAUUCGAAAGUAUGGGAUGUUUAUUAGAUCCUGAAUUGAGAUUGAUUUGUGCUCAAUAUAGAAUUUUAUAUAGAGGAAUUACAUUGUACUAUUUAGCCUUGGAUGCCAAUCAAAAUGGAAAGAGUGGAAUCUCAGUUUCGUUUAUCAUUAAUGCCAACAGACAGUUGGAAGAAAUGGAUGUUUUUGAUGAGAUAUCAAAGAGUAAUCCUUUUAUGAAUGAGACGAGGAGAAUUUUUGCUGAAUCAAAAAAGCUCGAAGCUCGAUAUGAAAAGGAAAACAGACUUGUCUAUAGAGAAGAAGUUCCUGAUAUUUCAAAUUUAGAGAUUCCUCAAGGAGUCAAUGUACUAAAGAUGGUUGAAUUUAAACUUUCAACAGCCUUCAUUGUAAUAUAAUACUCUCAAUGUUAAAUAUUUAUGCUAGAAUCAAUAAAGUAAUUUAUUUCCUG